GUGGCUUGCCUUUUCCCCACCCACUUCUCUUUCUCGGUCCGUCUUUCUCAAUUCCUGCCCGCCCGCCUCACCGCCCAGGUGCUCUAGGCUCGUGUGCGCGCGCGCGCGCGGCCGUGUUGACGGCGGAGACGCGCGUCCCUCUCCUUAGCCCCCCACCCACCCGCUCUGGACCAUUCCCACUCAUUCUCACUCACUCACUUCUUUGCGUGCCCGCGCGCGUCGCUUUCACCCCAGCUGCUACUGCUGCUGCGCUCGGACAUGGCGGCGGAUCUGAGCGCGGAGCGGCUGCGCUCGCUGCCCGCCAGCUGGAGCUACGGGAUCAGCCGCGGCGGCCGCAUUUUCUUCAUCAACGAGGAAGCGAAGAGCACGACCUGGCUGCACCCACUGACGGGAGAGGCUGUGAUCACCGGGCACCGCCGCAGCCCAGAUCUACCUACAGGCUGGGAAGAAGCCUAUACAUUUGAAGGUGCAAGAUACUACAUAAAUCAUAAUGAACGAAAAGUGACUUGCAAGCAUCCAGUCACGGGGCAGCCAUCGCAAGAUAACUGCAUUUUUGUUGUGAAUGAACAGACUGCAGCAACUAUGUCAUCAGAAGAAAAGAAAGACCGGCCAGUAAACAUGAUAAGUGAAGCUGCUCACUAUAAUUUGACAUCGGAUUAUGCUGCACAUCCAAUGAGUCCUCUGGGCAGAACAUCACGGUCAUCAAAGAAAGUUCAUAAUUUUGGGAAGAGGUCAAAUUCAAUAAAAAGAAAUCCUAAUGCGCCUGUCAUUAGGCGAGGCUGGCUUUAUAAGCAGGAUAGCACUGGUAUGAAGCUGUGGAAGAAACGGUGGUUUGUUCUUUCCGAUCUGUGCCUCUUCUAUUAUCGGGAUGAAAAAGAAGAGGGAAUAUUGGGGAGCAUACUUCUACCCAGCUUUCAGAUAUCUAUGCUUUCUUCUGAAGAUCACAUCAAUCGCAAAUAUGCUUUUAAGGCAGCUCAUCCAAACAUGAGGACCUAUUAUUUCUGCACAGAUACAGGGAAGGAAAUGGAGUUAUGGACGAAAGCCAUGAUAGAUGCAGCUCUUGUACAGACAGAACCUGUGAAAAGAGCAGACAAGAUAACUGCUGAAAACACGCCACCUCGUGAAGUGAAUAAUAUUGCAAACCACCGAGUGCUAAUUAAACCAGAGGCACAAAAUAAUCAGCGGAACAAAGAAGUGGGCAAAAUGGAAGACAAAAAGGCCUUAGAAGCAGAAAAAUAUGGAUUUCAAAAAGUUGGGCAUGAUAGGCCUUUAACAAAGAUCAACAGCGUAAAACUGAAUUCUUUGGGGUCAGAAUAUGGGACUUUGCCAGCAAAUACAGUUCCAUCAGGACACUACAGGCCAGUUCAUUUAAAUGGGUCAGAGAAAGCUGUCAACCUUAUUCUGGGUGACUCUGGAGAUGGAAUCCAUCAUAACGCCAUUCACUCACACAUAGAAUCUGAACGUGUUAUACAGAGAACUAAUUCAAUGCUUCAGCUGGAACAGUGGAUUAAAAUACAGAGAGGAAAGGGACAAGAUGAAGAAACAAGAGGCAUAAUUUCAUAUCAGACCUUACCAAGAAACAUGCCAAGCCAUCGAGCCCAAAUUCUACCUCGAUAUCCAGAAGGUUAUCGAACUCUACCAAGAAACACCAAAACUAGGCCAGAAAGCAUCUGCAGUAUGACACCAUCUCUUUAUGACAAAAACCUUGGAUCACUGCAAACCGAAGAUAAGAGGAGAUCUAUGCGAGAUGACACCAUGUGGCAACUCUAUGAAUGGCAACAACGGCAGUUCUACAAUAAGCAAACUACUCUUACUAGACACGGUACUUUAAGUAGUCCCAAAACCAUGAUUAAUAUAUCUGAUCAAACAAUGCAUAUGAUUCCCACAUCACCUUCCCAUGGUUCGAUAGCAGGUUUCCAAGGAUACUCCCCUCAAAGGAACUACAGGUCAGAAGUGUCCUCACCAGUGCAAAGAGGAGAUGUAACAAUUGACCGCAGACAUAGGCCACAUCAUACAAAGCAGCAUGUCUUUGUGCCUGACAGAAGGUCGAUGCCAGCAGGUCUGAGUGUACAGCCUGUUACUCCCCAGAGCCUGCAAGGUAAAACGCCAGAGGAGCUCACACUGCUGCUUAUAAAGCUGAGAAGGCAGCAAGCCGAACUGAGUAGUAUCCGGGAACACACUUUAGCACAACUCAUGCAACUAAAACAUGAGGCCACCAGCCCAAAGAAUGAGAUUCUUUCUCAUCACCUUCAAAGGAAUGCCAUAUAUUUGGAUCAUCAGAUGAAAGAGAAUGAACCUUUAAUCAUCAUGGUUCACACUAUGAUUGAGAACUCGGCGCUAAGACCACAACUGUACCAUCAACUGACACAAGAUGAAUGUAGGGGUACUCUGUACAAAUACAGAUCGGAAGACCUAGAUAUUGAUACUAAGCUUAGCCGAUUAUGCGAACAAGACAAAGUGGUGCAAGCCCUGGAAGAAAAGCUUCAGCAGCUGCACAAGGAAAAAUACACGCUUGAGCAAGCUUUGCUAUCAGCCAGUCAAGAGAUAGAAAUGAAUGCAGAAAAUCCAGCCGCCAUACAGAAUGUCAUCGUACAGAGGGAUGAUUUACAGAAUGGACUCCUUAGCACUUGUCGAGAAGUGUCUCGAGCUACUGCAGAGCUUGAGAGAGCUUGGCGGGAAUAUGAUAAACUAGAGUAUGAUGUAACAGUAACAAAGAACCACAUGCAGGAACAGCUGGAGCGGCUGGGGGAAGUUCAGACUGAGUCAGCUGGUAUACAGCGUGCUCAAAUUCAGAAGGAGCUUUGGCGAAUUCAGGAUGUCAUGGAAGGUUUGAGUAAGCAUAAGCAGCAAAGAAACAGCACCGCAGAGGCAGAUAUCGUUGCAUCAAAGGCUUUUUCGUCUAAAUAUAAAAGUGAGGAAGAGGAAGUAGUCCCACCUCGUCCUCCACUCCCUCGGUCCUAUGACUUUGCAGAGCAUCCUCCCAUAAUCCCCCCUCUGCCCAGUGAUAGCAGCUCCUUGCUCUGUUAUAGCAGGGGCCCAGUACAUCUACCAGAAGAGAGGAAGAUCCACCAAGUUCAAGGAUACCAAAGAAAUGGAGCUCACUGUGGUCCAGAUUACCGUCUUUAUAAAAGUGAGCCUGAGCUAACAACCGUGGCAGAAGUUGAUGAGUCAAACGGUGAAGAAAAGGGAGAGCCAGUUUCUGAGUCAGAAAUGUCUGCAGGUAAAGGCUCGCAUUUUCCCAUUGGAGUUGUGCCUCCCAGAACAAAGUCACCAACUCCAGAAUCUUCAACAAUAGCUUCUUAUGUGACUUUAAGGAAAACUAAGAAGAUAGAUCUAAGAAUGGAAAGGCCAAGAAGUGCAGUGGAGCAGUUAUGCUUGGCAGAAAGUGCUCGCCCCCGAAUGACUGUGGAGGAGCAGAUGGAACGAAUAAAGAGACACCAACAGGCUUGUCUAAGAGAGAAGAAGAAAGGACUGAAUAUUAUUGGUGUCUCAGAUCUCUCCCCUUCACAAAGCCCAUCCCUUGUCAGAGAGAAUCCUUUUAAAUUGUCUCAGAACCAAAGGAAGGAUGAUUUUGUAUGUAUUACCAAGGAAUUGGAGUGUGCCAUUAGAGGAAGUGAUGUAGGCCAAAGCAAUCAAAAUUGUGCUGAAGAUACAUCUUGGUUGAAAGAUAAUGACCGUUCAGAUGAUAAAAACAAUGAUAAUCCAAAUGAGCAUCCUGCUGAUUUUAUUAUAAAGUUACCAAAAGGUGAAGACCAGCUGUCGCCAGAUGGGUUAGAGCCAAAGGAGGGGACUCCCGAUGAGACUCCUAAAAAGCUAAAAGUAGAAGAAAAUACGCAAGAUGCUGUUUUCAGCCUGAAGAAUGAGGCCCCAGUUGUAAACCACAAACCUGAAAGCAACACAGAAGAGAGUGAAGAAACUAGCAGUCAAGAGCACAAGGACACUAUUUCUUCAUUUGAGAUGCCAGCACAGACUUCAAGAGGAAACCCAACAGCAGCAGCUCUCCCAGCUUCUGCUGAAACUAUUCAUGGCUGACUGACAAAAUGUACCUAUGGAAAGAAGAUACUGUGCAGGCAAUUUUAUGAAAUCUAUGAAAUUCAUAGUUCAGAUGCUUUUGGCCACAGAGCGUUGUUUUUAUCACUUCAUGGAAAAUGUUUAUUCCAAGAGAGCUUUAAAUGCCUCCCACGGUGCCCUCAACAGUUUGGAGAUUGUUCUUCUGACACCAUCCUGCUGCUGCUAUGACUUCCAUCCACAUAACUAAGGGUUCUUUUUUUAAUGUGUGGCCUACAGUUGGAACCUCUGCAAGUGGGUUUUCCCUGGUGUAAGGUUUUUAAUUAUGAAUUAAAUUAAGUUGGCUUCCUUUUUAGCCUUUUACAUUGGUUACUUUUACAGAUUACUACUUAAACCUCAGUUAUGCUUUUAAAUGGACCGUAUAUUAUUUUCACCUUUUGAUUUGUAAAUGUUUUAUGCCCUAUUUAAAAUGUGCCAUUUUUUAUUGCUGCCGAGUUAAUAUGUGCUCUAUUUCUGUUCAGUAACUAUUUCUCGGUCAAGUUGCAAUGUCAAUUACUUCCACACUGUCCUCAACAUAUACAUGAAUGCUAGGGUUCUCUCUCUCUCUCUCUCUCUCUCUCUCUCUCUCUCUCUCUCUCUCUAAUGAAGGGUUAGGGUCUUGAGGUACUGGGCUCUUCCUCUGUUGGAAUAGGGUAUGUACAGCAAUAAGCAGGUAUUCAAUUCCCAGUUAAGUUUGUGUACAAAUGUAAUUAAGUUCAUUGUGUAUAUAUUAUACAAUGAGCACAACCAAUGUAAGUACAAGAAGCCACUUACUAUUGUUCAAAUGAAAAUGUUCAUAUCUCAUUUCUUUUAUAUCAUGUUAUAAAUAAAUGUUGAUGUUCUUAAGCAAA